AUGGAGAAGAAAAAUGGCACGUACGCGAGCGCGGGUCAGAGUAGCGACUGGCUGGGUCGCUUGACGGCGUGGGCUCAGCAAGCCUGGCCACGCACACGGCUCGUGGCGCCAGCCGUCGUCGGUGCGCUGCUCCUCACACCCUUUGUGCUGGAUCAACAACUGAGCAGAUGGAUGUCUCCCAGUCCUUUCUUCUCGUACAUCCAUUUUAUCCUGUUCUUCUUUCCCUCGCCUUCACCAGCAGGAGCAUAUUUGGAGCGAUCCGUCAUCACGAUACUCUUUGUUGCGGCAGGCACGGGCAUCGCCUUUCUUGCCGUCUGCGGAUGCAUCUGGAUCGACGACGAUGGCGUAGAGGCAUACGCUUCGGCCAAAUCGAGAGCCAUCGGCGUGUGCGUGCUCAUGUUGCUCUGCUCCACGUCUGGAUGCUUGUCGAGCUAUGCACCACGCCUCAAGAGUGCAUGUCGAGCCGUCGUCUUUAGCACGUUAUGGGAGCUGACAUCUCAGUACACUGUGAUCAGCGCACGUAUCUUUUUCGACAACUUCUACCCGCCUCUGGUGGCUAUGAUCGUCGGUGUCUUCUGCAACUUCAUCAUCUUUCCUCGCACAGCACGCCACACCUCGAUCGUUCAGUUUUGUGAUCUUCUCGAUGCAACCCAACGACUCACCACCAUGGCCGUCGACGACUUUUUCUUAGAGCGCACAGUCUCGAGAGACGCAGCCGGCAAUGCAGCAUCCUCAACGCAGACGCCGACGUUUCGCAGGUUCAAGGACCAAGUCCAAGUGCUGCAAAACCGACUGGAAUUUAAUCUGGACGCCGCCGUUUACGAGCUGUCGUUUGCACGCGUGCCCAUUGGACAGCUGCAGCCCUUUCUUGCCAUCCUCCGGGACAUCCGUGGCUGGUUUUCGUGCGGUCUUGUAUGCCUUCAGGACGCCUCCUCAGCGGACGAACCGACGAAUGGAUCGGACCGGCCGACCGAUACCCCUGCUUUCAACACGUCUGAGCCAUCAGCGUUCGACUUUCAAGGGGCCAUCCGAGGUUUUAGCACCGACAUCAUCAUGUCCCUCUCUUGCCUGUGUCAUUGCAUGAGCAAAAUGGCAGGAGCCGAAAAGCUGGGCAAGACUCACUCGUCUCCUCGCACUCUCAAAGAGGAUCCUGGCCAUGUCAUGGAUCUUGCGGAUCCUCACUUCACCUUGUCUCAGCAGCGAGCACAUCUGCGCGCUUCCAUUCGCUCAUUCAAGUCGGCACUCAGCGACGCCAUCAAAAGCUCGCGUACCGAGGUGGUGCAGACCGCGCGCAGCGACCAUGUCUCAGAUCAAGACGGCGCCCUGACAUCCGACAUGGGUACCCAACUUGAUACUCCCCAGCUGUCUACGCCAGCUCAAGAACCAGCGGGACUUGACCACCUCUUUCGCAACGAUUCAUACCGGAUUUCUUUACUCAUGAUCUCGUUGCUCGAAGUCGCCUUGCUGGUCGACUCGUGCCUCAAGGUUGCACUCAGUGUCGCUAGGACUUGGGAGAGAAAUCCGCAUAGGAAGCUCCGUAUGCCAGCAGCAAAGUGGCGCUACUGGCUUGGACGCACAAGCAUAGGCCAGGGCGAAGGAUUCGCCUUCGACGACGAGCGUGUCGACGCACUACUGCACGAAGACGAACCCCCCUCGCCCACUUCCGAGGCGCAAUUGGACGAGGUCGAUUACUUCGACAACGGUUCCAACGAGUUGUUGACCGCAUCAUCCAAGCUCGAAAGGACGCCGUCUCGAGUCAGCAACAGCAUCGACAGUGUACGAAUGUGGAUCGGAGCCAGGUACCGAGCCGUACGCAGCUUAUUUAACACUCGUCGCGUUCUUCGGUACCGAUUCAGGCUGUCUGACACAGUUGAGAUGCUUCGUCACAGUCGACACAUCAAGUUUGGCAUCAAACUUACCGCUGGCGUCGUACUCUUGACUCUGCCUGCCUGGCUCGCUCCCGGCGAAGGAAAGCAGUGGUGGCUCGACAAGCGCGGUCAAUGGAUGGCCAUCUCGUAUCUCUUCUGCCUCGAAACUUCCACUGGUGCGAGUGUCCGCACUUCGCUCUUCAGGAUUCUGGGAACCAUCUCAGGCAGUAUCCUUGGCCUCGUCGUCAGCGAAGUCAGCCGAGGUAACCCCUACGCGUUAGCUUUCCUGCUGACGGUAGCAACGAUUCCGCCCUCGUAUCUAAUGCUCUUCACACAGUUGCAAGGAGUGGGAAUCGUCAUGGGCCUGACGCUACCCAUUGUGGCUUUGAUCCCGCAGGAGGGCGGCAGCGAGAGUGUAGUCUACGUCGCGUGGAACAGAGGCUACAUGAUCUUCUUUGGUAUCGUGGCAGCGUUGCUGGUUAACCUCUUUAUCUGGCCCAUCCACGCUCACGUCGAGCUGGUGCACAAGAUCUCCUCGAUCACGUCGCAGCUCCAGUCUCUGUACUUGAGCCUCUCUCGCCAGAUGCUGUCUGGCGGACUCACGUGGUCGCACAAGUCGAAUGCAGCGUUCGCAAAGCUCGAGAUCGGCAUCGAGAAGCGCAUCAGCCAAGCACGUGGCCUGGUCGACAUCAUGUCGAUGGAGGUCAGCCUGAAACCCAAACGCACCAGGGUGUUAUCCGAACUGCUCGAUCAUCUCGAGAUCAUCCACGAACUGCUCAUAGGCUUGCGGCGGUGUCGAGAGCACGGUCUGCGGUCGGUCAGGCAGCAUGCGGUUGUCAAUGUGCUCGAACUGCGACAGAGCCUCAUCGCCUCGGUGCUGCUGGUGCUGUGGACCACCGGCCAAGCUUUGCAGACCCGAGCGCCGCUACCACAGUGUCUGCCGAGUCCGCGACUGGCGUUGGAGGAGCUCACCGAGGCUGUGGCUGAGCAGCUGCAGCUGAUGGUCAAAGGCGCCGAGCAAUCGCCUCACUUUGCGCGCGAUCGGACCGGCAUGCCCGAUGCUUUCCACGCUCUCGACAGUCUCAAUCAGAGCAACAUUCUCGUUAAUGUGAGAAGGCGACACCGCAAACACGUGGGGCUGCACUCGAUCCAGUCGUACAGUCCCAUGAACGGUUCGCGAAGCGCGUCACCCAGCAGGGACCCGCCUCAGAGGCUGUCCGCUGACACGCCAGCUACAGCGAUCAAGAAGUCGCUCGACUACGCCAUGUUUUUCAUUCUCGCCGAGCACGCGCUGCUCGAAGAGAUCGUCACCUCGCUGGAGCGCUUGUUGGAGUUGUGCAGGAUCAUGGUCGGGGAGGCGAGUUUCCUGCGGACCGAGAUGGUACCGGACAUCGCGCGCGGUUUGGAUGAUAUCAGGACAUCGGGUGCCAUCACGCCAGCUGUGCCUACUCGCGCAGUCGAGGUCAGCGACGGCGGCAGCGAAGCAGAUGCGAUGCCGCGCCACUUGCUUUCCGCACAGCCGCCAGAAUCGACACCUAUUCCGUACCGCUCGACGGCCCGAAGCCCGUUGGCGCCGGACGUGCCGAGUAGGACGCGAGACGUCUCGCCAAUGAACCACCCCCUGCACUCGUCGAAUCUUCGCUCGUCGCCGGUGAUCAAUCAGCCGCAGAACACUUAG